AUGUCUAGAGGAGGCCGAGGCGGAGGGCGGGGAGGUGGGCGCGGUGGUUUUGGCGGGAGAGGCGGUUUCGGAGGCAGCAACCUGCCCCCGAUGGGGCUCACGUUUGCAGACAUCCAGUCCAUGUCCCGCGAAGCAACAGCCUUGUAUCCACCAUUAGACCCGCUACCCGUCCUCACCGAGUACACCGAAGAGGAACGGCGCAUUUGUGAGCUUCAGACCGGAUUCGCGACGCGUCUCCGGUCUUCCGCGUACUACCUCGUCGAGUCCACGAAAUCCACAGAACUCCCGCGAUAUUCGGAUAAAUACCGUCCCUCGCCUGCAUCACAGCCUACGCUCAAGCGGAAAGACCUACAUCAGCCCUUUUUUCCGCAAGAGGUAUUCGAAGGCUACUUCAAUCCAAAAAAGAGGAAGGCCUCUGAGAAGAAGGGACCUAGAAAGCGUCUAAACCUCGAUGAAAUGGUUGAAGACGCCGAAGAGGAAAAAUCGGGCGACGAACGCUCCGACGUCGGAUCGCAAGCCGCUGAAGAGGACUACGAUGUUGACGAAGAGUACGACAACGACUACGCCGAAAAUUACUUCGAUAACGGUGAGGGAGACGACAUGGAAGAUUUGGGCGGCGGUGGGGGCGACGAAGGCGGGGGCGGUUAUGACUAUGAUUGA